GGUCGACUAAGGCGUUCCUAUGGCAAGGAAACAACCAUGUUAGGUGAAGGCAGUAGUGGUGGGGUUAGACGAGUUACACCUACUGCCCGCAACAUCAACUACAGGGAUGAGUCGAAAAGUUAAAUCUGCAUCUCUACGUGCGCACACCUACAUAACUAUAAAUCAAGCCAGCAGCAACCCUGGUUUGGUUAUGCGUCAAAAGCUAAAAUAAUGACCGGCGACCUGAAUGGAGCGCACAAAUAAAAAGUGUAACUUAAAAAUUUUCCGCCAGAAAGAAAAAUACCUUAACAUUUUUUGUAGGAAUGCGAUAAAAAAAUCGAAGGAGAAUUUUUCUAUGUGUGUUACCAUUACAUACUUAACUUUACUGUGUAGGAGUUGCGCUGUGAAUGAACUGUUUUGUACUAACUUUUCUCUUUCAGGAUUCCCAAAAGCAGAAGGCUUCCUAUGGUAGUGUCAAUAGAUCUACAUCAUCUGCAUAUUACAGUCGCGACAACAAGCGUGAUAAUCGUGAUACUAGGCGAGAUAGUCGCGACAUAGCGCGCGACCAUCGAGAAGAGAGAGAGCCAAGAGACACUCGUUAUACAAAAGAACACAACCGACACGAAUACAAGGGCGAACGCCCACGUACAAGAGAUUAUCCAAAUGAACAUAAGCGAGAACGGGACAACUAUGAUAACCGACGACCUCCUCGCGAAGAUGAUCGCUAUCGCACCUCUUCUUCAUACAAAAAUAGUCGCUAUAGUGGCAGUGGACGUGAUGAACGUGCACGUCAUGAUUCCUCCUCUUCAAUUGCUACCUCUUCCUCUUUUCGUCCACAUAAUCAUAAUCGUUCAUUUGAUCAUCGCCAUUCAGAACAUUUUGAUCGCUCAUCUGAACGUUCUAGUGGUCGUCAUCGUCGUCGCAGUAAUUCCCGCUCCCCAUCACCGUCUUCAGCGCAACGUCAUUGCCAUAGCAAGCGAUCAACGCAUGAUGAAAAAUCGUAUUCGCGUCAUCGCACACGAUCACGUUCCGCUACGCCAACUCGUGACUCGCGUGAGCGCGAACGCGAAGAAGUAGCUCUAAAGCAAGCACGUCUGUCAGCUCUCGAAAUGGAACGCAAGAUACAACCUGAUAGGCGAUCAUCCCAAGAUAAGGAUAUGCAAACUUCACAAGGCAUCACACGUAGCACCGAAGCAUUACUAUCGCUGCCUCUCAGUGACACUGCGCCAAAACAGCCAAAUGUGAUUGCCGUGGCUCCAGUAUCCACGUCGAUAAAUAAUGGAUGUGAACCAGCAGUAAUUCAACUACCUAGUUACUAUAAUCCGAAUGUUAUAAAUCCAAAUAAAUACGCCGAGCAAGUGCAAAAACGCAAGCUGCUUUGGGGAGCUAAAAAGUCUGAGGACACUGCGGCAAAAUGGGGCAGCGCACAAUUUUCACAAGAUACCGACGGUAAAGUGGCAUCGAAAUUUAUGCGUUUGAUGGGUAUUAAAGGCAGUGCUCCCGCAAAGGGCGAAGGACAGGAAGCUGAACCAAAAGCUAUACCGACAGCGGCACCUGACGUAAAAACGCGGGAGGUAAUGUUCACAAAUAUGGAACAGCAAUAUGAAGUGGCACGUCAGGCUACUCAUACCAUGCGUGGCGUUGGGCUAGGUUUCAGUUCACAAGCUCGACCGUUUUGAAUGUGUAAAAGCACUACGGCUCAUUUUUGUGUGUAAUAAUUCAAAUGUAUAUGGAGAAUUGAAAUGUUGAAUAAAAUAAUAAAGUACACUAUGGUAGAAACUUAGUGUCAACUAAAAUUCCUAA